AUGAAUCUCCUGCAACAAAACGGCUCCGAUGAGUCUCACCCACAAAGUAUGACGGCUUCCACAGCUCACGCCCUUGUAAAAUCAUCAUGCGACAACACAUUUUACCCAGAAUUAUGCUACUCCACCAUCACUAGCCACUCUGAAGUCACCAAAAAGGUGAAAAGCCAAAAGGACGUGAUCGAGCUGGCUGUGAAUAUCACAAAAACCACAGUGGAGAAAAACUACUUCCAGAUAAAGAAGCUGAGCACUCGAAAAGGCCUGAAUACACGCGAGAUUGGGGCGCUUCACGACUGUCUAGAAAUGGUAGCCGAAACGUUGGAAGAGCUUACGGAAGUUGAGAAAGACCUGGAGGAGUACCACACCAAGAAAUCCCUACAACAGCACGCUAACGAUCUCAAGACGCUUAUGAGCUCCACCAUCACCGACCAGGAGACUUGUCUUGACGGCUUCUCUCACGGCGGUGCUUCGAUUUUGUGGGUUAGGUUUUUUUUUCCGGAAGAUGAUGGUUAA